CCACGAGCCCACGAUGUUUAUAUGCUGCUGCGGUUGCUUCGCGACAGCCGACCGCGCAUGAAAUGUGGUUGCACGCCAUCGGGUAUUUGUUGCGGAUAUGUCAUUUCUGUGGAACCAGCCGAACUGUGCCGGCAUGUCGUUGAUAGGGUGUCGGAAGUCAGACGCUUCAUCGGUACUAAAAACAAAAUGUUUUAGAGAGCUCGUAUUAUCUCCAGCCUAUUGUUCAACGCAUAUUUCAUAGCACGAUGGGAGAGGCCGAACUUCCACCUGUCCAGCGGCGUCGUUUUGCCUCGGAACGUCGAGAGUGGAAAAAAAUGGUAGAGAUUCAGCAACACCUUCUACUCACGUCAUCUAGGUCUUCCAAGCACAUUGUUUCUGGCUCCAGUUCCGAGAAGGCAUCUCACGCUGUUCAAAAACAACCGGCUGGACCGAAGCCGAAAGUACCACCGAUGGCACCCGUGGCCAAGCCUCCGCCACCUGAAGAUCAAGCAUGCAGCAGCGCACCAGCGUUGCUUGGAGAACAGAAGAUUCUCCUCCAUACUGCUGAGGUCAUGGAAACGCUGAGUAUUUUGCUUCAGUCUGAUUCUUCGGUAUGUAGCUCGUCAUCUGGGACAGACGCUCGUCAGGAGUUGUGCUCCGCGCGCGAGAAGGAGCGUGUGAAAGCCCUCCACGAUCAAAUGAAAUCGUUUAUGAAGGAACGUUGUUUGUUGGUAAUUAAGAAGGAGUGCUGCCACCAAGUUGCCGUAGUGACAAAGUUGCGCGAUCGCAUCAAAAACCUAGCGCUGGCUGAAGACACUUUGAUUGGGCAGCUGCUAUUGUCUGGGCAUCCCAUCCUACCCAAAGAUGUCCUGCACUUGUCAUUUCUUCGAAAGUCGGUGUUUCUUGAUAACUUGCAAGCGGUAACCUUUGCUUGGCCUUGCCUUCUCAAAUUUCUUGGUCAUACGUUUAACAGCUUUGAUGCGCAAUGGCACACUUCUCUGGAUGUUGUGUUACGUUGGACCCAAGUUCGUCUCGACUCACUGGCCGAGCAAGCGCUGCGGUGGGCAUGGCUAAGUUUGCGCAACGAUAUCCUGUUACUCUGCCGGAUGGACGCAGCUGACUUGCACGCCGACUGGAUUGGUGGAGUGUUUUCUUCGUGUCACUUCUUCAACCAGCUGCUCAGCGCCUACGGCCUAUCGGCCGGCGUGGCUCCGCUGCCCGUGUCAACGGUGCUGUACACGCUUGCAGCGCGUCAGUCCGAAACUUCUGCGGAUAGGCUCGCUGCGUUCGUUUGUGGAGAAAUUAGAAAGAGUCGCGAAGAGUCUGUGCGAAGCUACACCUGGAGAGAUAUCGCCAGUGCAGAAUUCUGGAGUGCGGCGGCAGCUCGCGACGCUGCCGGCACAGCUGCUCUCCUGACCGCCCUCGUUCAGUCUGGCCAGACCUUGCUCCUGAAGUACCUCUAUGCUGCUACAUGCAUCGAUCACUCUGCGCCACCCCAAGCUGUUAAACAGAAACAAGGUAGGGCACAUUGGCAGAAGCAGCAGCCAAGGGCAACCCGUCCCAGCUGCUUCGAAAUGGAGAGGCUUUACUGGGAGCACUACUGGGACUGCUUUGCAAGCCAACUACUUGUCAGGCUGACAACCCUAGCACAGAGCACAGAGAUUUACAACCUUUCAGGUGUGCCAGCAGUAUCCGACGUCUCGCUGCUCCUGAUGCUGGCCUGCCAAAGUCAGGAUUUGCCGGCCGCUGCAGUGACCUCAAUGAAGUGUGUCUGCCAUAUGCUUCUUGCACAGCUCUCACUGGUGGCCUGGAGACGAGCCCUGAAUGCAGCCUUGUUUGACUCUCAUCAUGGAACUACCAAGGAUGCCAUCAAGAACCUACUGCUUCAUGCUGUUCAGCCUUUGAGUGCUUCCUUGGCCACUCCACCAAAGGAAGACUACAAAGGCACUUCUCUAGCUAAGGUCUAUCUGGCGCUGACCCUUUGGCACAUAUUGCACUGGGCUGAAACUAGUCUACGCAGCAACCUGCAUUCAUGGGCACCACCUUUGCUGCCCCAAGUUGUUUUCUGCGAUCUCCAGCCAAUUAUUGCUUCUUCAAAACGUGCACAACCUUCCUGGGACAAGCCUGAAAACACAACAAAUCUUUCUUUCCAUGUGAACUCGUUGUGUGCAUCUGCUGUGGAUGCACUAGAGUGCUUACAGGCCUCAGUUGCUGCACGUUACCAAGAUAACUGCUACAAAGCUUGCCUGCAAAGUCUACAGGCAGUGAUGCCAACAGCUAGACAAUUUCAUAAGCAAGGGCAGGACAAAAAUGUUCCUGUAUCACCCAUUCUGGAUCGAGUUUUAGAUACAGUAAUACCAGUUCUUUUGGGAUUGCCUGCUCAUGCACAAGAACUGUAUGCAAGACUCACGCUAGAGGCAAUUUUCAAGGCCUGGAAAAAAAUGAUUGUAAUCAGGCACCUGAAAUUUAGUGAACAGGAAUCAGCUCAACUUACUGAUGCUGCAGCUAUGUGCCUAGCUCGAGUAGAACACUCAGACUUACAUGAAGUUGCCAAGAGUGGUUUGUGGAACCUCAAUGCUUACCAUGAGCUGCUGGAAUGUGUCCGUCCUGCACAGCGAACUGUGCUAGCUGCUUCUGCAAGGAGGAGGCUUUUCACCCCAAACAGGGUGUCUCCUCUGGUUGGAGCCAGUGGUGCCCAAGAACUUGUAUGCACACCAGUACGCAUGGAAGGAAAGCUAAGGCACAAGCUAUGCUGCAAUUCAUAGCACCUUGGGCAAGUGAUGAAUUCUGACAUUAUAGCUGGGGUCUCGUGAACAUGCCUAUGAAGAAAAAAUGUAACGUCUAGUAUACUGCCAUAGCUUUGGUGCACACAAAUCAAGUCCAAGGUACAAAAGAGCCAGCUCGUAGAGAGCUGUUACAAUUCAAGUGGCAGAAUGAGUAAUAUUUUUCGGAGUGAAAACACAUCAAUAAGCACAAAGACGAUAGUGUAGACUUCAUGCAGCACUUACAAUCGAGAGCUAGAGAAGUGCCUGCAUCUCUUUUAUAUGUCAGUGCACACACCAAAAUUAUUAAAGGUACAGCAGAAGAAAUCCUUGCAUUAUAUUUUUAACUUCAUUCAGCCCUCAUAAUCAAAUGGCACCAAUAUUUUGUUGUAAAACUGAAUUUUCCCUGAACUCCGUGGUAUGUCGCGACGUCUGGCACACACAUAUCGCAAGAAAAACAGAUGAGUCUUAGGCAGUUCUUGGCUUAACUUGUGCAAAGCUGUUUAUUUUGUAUGCUGCUGCGGUAGGCAGUGCGAAGCACCACUGCAGCAAAGGCCACCCAGACACGAGUGGAAAGGGAGAGGCGUAGGGACGACAGAAAAGGUGAAUGCCUGCACAAAGCUGCCAGGGCACACCUGAAUCUUCACAAGUGGUAAUGCAAAAAUUAACUGUAUUCUCAAGCUCACUACAUACCUGUCAUAAUCUGUAGGAUGUAAACAAUGCAAAAAAAUUUUUGGAAGUUUCGAGUGACAUUGUUUAUGUUCACAAAAACUGUAGAAAAUAAUUGACAUUGCACGUUUGAGCACCUUGUUGAUCUUGACACCAAACAAUAGUUGCCAGCCUCUUGCUAUUGCUCCUAAAUGGCACUGCAUACCAGCACUGGAAAACAUUGUUUGUCGCGAGUGCACAACAUAUCUUUUGCCACACUUAUUUAGUAUGUUGCGAGUUUGCGGCCACCAAUGUUAAGGGCUAAUAGAAAAAAAAAAAGAUUUUUGAUAAGAAAUGACUAAAUAAAAAAAUAAUAAAUAAAUAAGUAGUAAUAAUAGAAAAAAACGAAAAAAAAAAGGCAAGGGGUUCUCUACUGCUGUAUGGUGCUAAAAAGCUGUGCAACAUUGUUACAUUUUCUUACAGCAGUUCGUGGCACAUACGUGAAGUCCCUCCAUGACGUUUAUAUCGAUUAGAUUAAAAGGGCCCUAAAACACUUUUCUAAUUUAUAUCGAUUAGGUUAAAGGAGACCCCAAACACUUUUCUAAUUAUGGAAUCGCCUCACUAUUUAAGGAUGUCUCGCAAAUAUUCUGCCGUAAGAAUGUUCCGAAUCCUUCAAGUAUAAGUUGAGUUAUUGCAGACCUACGUGGUUUUCUCUCUCUCUCUCUCUCUUUGUCUUUGCUAGAACAUUGGAAGCUAUGCAGAAGAAGCCAAAGGGGGCAAAGCCCCACCCAAAAUUUCAGUGCAUUGGCGGCGAAAUAGAGUCACUGGAAAAAGUUACUCUACGGCGAAAGGGCUCGUCGUGGCACUGCGUGGCAACCGCGGUAGACUACACUACGCAGCACACCGCAGCUAUUUCGGAUGCCAUGCGCUGCAGAUACAGCUAUGCAGAACUGUCGUGCGUACCGGCUGUGCAAAGAUGAACCAGUCUUUUUGAGAUUGUAUAUGUUUAAUUUAUUUAACUCAGAAUUAGUCAUUAUUAAUUACUGUGAAUGUUCUCGCAGUCAAAAAAUCAGGCAACAGCUGUUGGUGGAUCUAGAUGCUUAUGAAGACAGAAGCAAGAGCUAGCCCUUGUUCACUGUUUUUGACACAAGAUUGUGAAUUCCCUGCUGCAUGCAGUGCAAUAAUGUUUGACUCACAUUUAAAGUGUUUUGGGGGCUCUUUGGGUGGCAUCAGCCUACCCUUUUUCCAUGCUACCUCCUUGUUUAUGCUCUCAGGUUCUGGUGCCAAGUGCAACUUCCAUCAUCUCAGCUUUCAUGCUGAGGGGAAGCUGCAUUAGGAAAGACAAGUGGCAAGUAAUGGUCAAAGAAAAAUUCUGAAAGCAAAAGAUUGUGCAAGUGAAAAAUCUGAGGGUAGUGGCACACAUAGUUUUUUAAUAGAGUGGUCUGCAGCAUAGACUGACAGGCUACAUGCUCACUACCUCCAUGUGUGUCCGCCUCAGGAGCUCUAUCUGAAUACAUAGGAAAGGAUAAACCAUUUUUCUCAGCAACCACUGCACUGAUUUUGACAAGGUUUGUUGCAUUUAAAAGUUACAAUCAAGUGACUAGCAUGGUGGAUUUUCAAUUUUUGCCAUCAAUAGCUCUAGAAAAAUACUCGAUAACUGCAAAACUAGCGGCGAACUGCUGUGGCAGUCACGUGACAAGAAAAUCUCAGCCCCUUUUGUUUCUCUGCGCGCAAGUGCGAGAUGGCGCAUACUUUUUUCGUUCGUCUGCUGACAGAUCAGUGCUGUUUUUACAUUCUUAAUGCAAGUCAUGUCUGAUAAAAGAUGACGACAUCGUUGCCACUGAUCAUAAUCGGCUUGGUGCUACCUUCUGUUGCGGCGUCGCAGCUUUCAAGAGACAAGAAUGAGGUACUGGAUGUCGCCUCCGCGUCCAUGUAUUCAGAGUCCGUCUUGUCAUACUGAAUCGCAUAGAGUUUCUCACCACAUUACCUAGAGGGAAAUCUGGCGCUGCUGCGCUGUGGUAUGCAUGGGAAUCCCGGUAUAUUGUGACUUCGGAUUGGCAUCGUUCUCGAAGAGACGGGACACCUUGAAGACGCGCUUGACAAGUACCGUUCCGUCUGUCGCAAUGAUUCAUUUUCUACUGAAACAGCAUGUGAAAAGCUGUUUUAGCUUUAUUAUUACGCGAAAACAUGUUUUGUUUAACUAUGAGGACUUGUUAUUGCGCGUACGACUAAAUGUUACGUAAAAAGUAUCAGCGAGCCCCUAAAGUUGGAGGGCAGAUGACAAGGUUCACGCUCGCUUUGAAACAGUUGGUCGUCUGUUCUUGCUUUUCUUUGCUUGGUCAUGCAUUGUGGGUGAGUAAAGAUGUAAUAUGCAUGAAUGGAAACAUUUUAUGGAGAUUUUACUUUUAGAACGCGUUAUUUGUGUAGCCAUAUCCACGUUUUAGAUGAAGCCUCUUACGACACCAGCCAACACAAGCCUCGCAGACACAUAUACAGUCAUUCCCAUGACGGCACGGUGCCCCCUUAAGAAACUCCCAUAGACGGUGGCGCCAGAUUUCCCUCUAGGUGUUAUAGUGAGAAACUCUAUGCUGAUUUGGAUAUGGUGCAUUGUCUCUCUCUAUCUAAAAACCUUUCCAUUGGGACGUCUCAGUUUAGUCUCUUCAUAAUAAAAAAAAAGAGAGAGAGAGAGAAUCGCAAACCAUGACAAUCAAAACAAGCGCAAGUGAGAGCCGACGCGAACUGACGACAGUGUGAAACUAGCAGUUGGGCGGGUCCGCUCUCAUUGGUCUGGUCAGUUCUGUUCACGGCUCGCUGGACUGCAACAAGCCACGAAAAGUUGGUCUCAGACUGAUCCCUCCCAUGGCACGGAAAAGCUGCCAUGAGGCAGCUUCUGCGGCGCACAUUCUUCUGCUAAUGUGGCUGGGGCAUAAGAGUUAUGAAUAACAAUGUCACAAUUUUGCAAACUGCACCUAAUAAUGCAUCUAAUGUGGACAAAAUGUAUGUAUUUUAUAUGGUUCUGAAAUAUACCGCUAAUAUGCGAGCAAAACUUUCGCAAAACUCUUAAAUAUUGUAACCUGUAAAUCCAUAUCAGAUUUGCCUACUUUAGAUGCUCUAACAGAUGCAGUUUACAGAACUGCAAUAGCUAUUGGUGCAGAGCUACGGAUUUGUAAACUUCGUGCUUCUUAUCGAUUGUCAGUUAUUAUUAGACAAUGUUUAAAAUUCUAAAUAAAAAUUCUGUUUCUUGGAGUCUGUAGAAUUAAGUUUUCUCUCUAAUGCAACAAAUUUAAUUCAAAUUGGUGCAGUGGUUGUCUUAUAAAAGCAUUUCUGUUUUAAACUUGUGUUAAUUGGAAAAGUAAGGUUGUACAAUGUAACUAUCACCAACCAAGAAGGUUUAUGAAAAGUUUAAACCCAGUGUUUCGGAGUUUGGCUGCUCUCUGUCCUGCGGAUAUCCCUUGCAUGUUGGCAAGGGACAUGCAGAGUACAUUCUACAGACACAUGCCAGGGCCUUUUGCACAGCGUUUGUCAUGUUUAUUACGGUCGCAGCACAACGCUGUGUGAUGGAUGCAAUGGGCACAGCACCCAUGGAUCACGAAGAGAUAUGUCACACUGAAGUGCAGCAUACUGUGUUGUCCCCUACAUAUAUGGGCUUUUGCAGGGUUGCCUCCCGAGGGAACUGCCGUCAGGGCUGCAAGUCGAACACAUAAAAAGCUGUUGCAGCUUCCCAAAGCCACCCCUGAUAGAGGGAGUCUGAAUGACUCCGAAACAUUGGGUUAAUUUUUAAUAAACCUUCUUGGUUAUCAAUUGUUUAGUUCGCCCACUUUUGUUAUAUAUUUGCCUGCAAACCUGCCAAAGUGUGUCUUGCAUUAUUCACAAUACUGCAGUGCACGAUGCCGAUCUGUCCUUGAAAAUUUUUCUACUCUUGAGAAAUCUGUUUACUAAAUUACAGCUGCAGGUAUUUGCUCUUUAGCACCCCUGGCUGCAUCAACAAGUUGCUGCAAGUUUAGAUUAUUUUGGCAGUGGCAAUUUUGUUGCCGCAUUUCAAAGAAAUUAUAAACUUGCAUGUCUUUUCGUGGCUUGUAAGAAGGUGUGGGAUCUACAAAUGUCUUUCAAGGAAAUACAUAGUGCAUUAAGUACAUACCUCGAAGUGGGCGCUGUUCUCGAGUAAUUCUGUGACAAAAUUAAAAGCAACAGCUGCCAAAAUGAAAAUGGCAUUUGUAUGAAAAGUUGAGGCAUGAAGCUUUGUUUGGUGUGUGUACACACACAUACACCGUAAAAUCCCACACAAGUGUGUGUCCCCCCCCUUACUUUCGAGUGAACCGAGUAAGCUUCCACCUUGGGGCAAGGGGGCAUGGGAUUUUACGGGAUGUGUGCGUGCACGUGCGUGUGUGUAUGUACACAUGCACACACACAUUCAAGAAAAGCAGAACUGCAUGUACAGAAGGCCUAUUUAUUUUUAUACAUAUUUGUACAUUUCUUCCAUAUGCAUCUAAGCAUUUCUGUACAAGUGUGUCCUGUUUGUUUUUAACUUUAGAAACAGUCUGCAAAAUCACCAGAACUUACACAUUUGAUUGCAGACUACAGCUAUACACAGAUGAGACAACGCAUAUCCACUUCAUGUGAAACUGCAUAAAAUCAUUUGAACCAAUCA